AUGGCGGAGCCCCGGGCACUGGCCGCCGCCAAGGAUGGGGACCUGGCCACGCUGGAGCGGCUGCUGGAGGCGGGGGUCCUGCGGCCCGGAAUCGCCGACGCCCUGGGGGCCGGCCUGGUGCACCACGCCGCCCGCGCCGGCCACCUGGCCUGUGUCCAGUUCCUGGUGCAGCGGGCCGGGCUGCCCGGCAACCAGCGGGCCUGCAACGGGGCCACCCCGGCCCACGACGCCGCGGCCACGGGCGGCCUCACGGAGCUGCAAUGGCUGGUGCGCGAGGGGGGCUGCGGCCUGCAGGACCAGGAUGCCUCGGGCGUGUCCCCACUGCACCUGGCCGCCCGCUUCGGACACCCAGCCCUGGUGGAGUGGCUGCUCCGGGAGGGCCACACGGCCACUCUGGAGACCCUGGAGGGGGCACUGCCGCUGCACCAUGCGGCCGUCAGUGGGGACCUCACCUGCCUCAAGCUCUUGGCGGCUGCCCACAGCAGCGGCGUGAACUGGCGCACGCGCAGCGGCGCCUCCCCGCUCUACCUGGCCUGCCAGGAGGGCCACCUGCACCUGGCGCAGUUCCUGGUGAAGGACUGCGGGGCCGACGUGCACCUGCGCGCCCUGGACGGCAUGAGCGCGCUGCACGCCGCCGCCGCCCGCGGCCACUACUCCCUGGUCGUGUGGCUGGUCACCUUCACAGAGGCGGGGCUGGCGGCGCGGGACAAUGAGGGGGCCACAGCCCUGCACUUCGCAGCCCGGGGCGGCCACACCCCCAUCCUGGACAGGCUGCUCCUGAUGGGCGCCCCCAUCGUGAGAGACUCGUGGGGUGGGACGCCCCUCCACGACGCCGCGGAGAAUGGGCACCUGGAGUGCUGCCGGACCCUGGUGUCCCACCAUGUGGACCCCUCGCUGCGGGACGAGGAUGGCUACACGGCGGCUGACCUGGCCGAGUACCACGGACACCAGGACUGCGCUCGGUUCCUGCGGGACACAGCCCUGCCGGACCCGCUGCUGAUGGCGCCCCCGCCGCCACCCUUCCCCCCGCCGCCACUCUCGGCCGCCCGGCAAGCCCCAGAUGAGAAGAGAGGGAGUGCAGGUCUCAGGGGCUCCACCCCCUCAUCUCUCAGCCCGGCCUGGCCCGCCCAGCCUGACCAGCCAGUCCCAGACGAGCAGGCGGCUGAAGACGCGUCCCUGAGGGUCCCCGCUGCUGCCACGGCGGUCCCCACGGGGCUGGAGACCACAGCCGGGGAUGCCCCGGACGGUUUGGCCCUGCUGGAGCUGGACGGGGCGCACUUGGGCGACCUGGAUGGCCUGGUGCCCACGCAGGAUGAGCAGGGCCGGCCCAUACCCGAGUGGAAGCGGCAGGUGAUGGUCCGGAAGCUGCAGGCCAGACUGGGCUCAGAGCCGUCGCCGGAGGGCCAGGACGAGAGCGGCAGGCCGGGGCCCCCGGAGCAGGCGUCCUGGCGGUUCUCGCAGGCCCACCGGGCCAUCCUGGGCCCCUUCGGGGAGCUGCUGACCGAGGACGACCUGCUGCACCUGGAGGCGCAGGUGGCCAGCCUGCAGCUGCGGCGGCGCUGCCAGGAGUACGAGGGCGAGCUGGGCCGGCUGGCGGCCGAGCUGCAGGCGCUGCUGCCCGCGCCCCUGGUGCGCAUCACCGUCAACAGCCACUUCCUGCCGCGGCCCGGCGGGCCGGGGGCGCCAGGGGAGCCGGGGGCCGCGGCCGAGCGCGCCCCCGAGGGGCCCCCCGAGGCCGCGCCCGGCGGGCAGCCCCUGCCCUUCUGGUGCAGCCACGUCGCCCGGCUGGUCCGCAGCCUGACCGCGCUGCUGCGGGGCCUGAACGGGCUGGCGCCGGGCGAGGGGCCGCCGGACGCGCGGGCCCCCGCGGCCACGGCCGCCCCCCGGGAGGCCCCGGCCGCCCCGCUCCGCAGCGCGGCGCAGCGCGAGAUCCAGGAGAGCGGCGUGUCCGUGCGCACCCUGCGGGGCAACUUCGAGUCGGCGCCGGGGCCCCCCGCGCCCCCGAGCCCCGGCCCCUGCGAGCCGGGGGCGCGGCCCGCGCGGUGCGCCCGCGCGGACACCGAGGCGGGCAGCGACUCGGGCAUCAGCUGCGGGGAGGCCCCGUCCGAGGCGGGCGCGGCGCCGGGCCCCGAGCUGGCCAGCCUGCGCAAGGAGCGCAUCGUGCUGCUCUUCCUGAGCCACUGGCGCAGGUCGGCCUACACCCCCGCGCCGGGCCCGGCCGGCAGGACCCCCGCGGCCCGGCGCCUCGGGCCCCUGCGGCGCCAGCGCGGCGUCAUCGCGCACCUGCUGGGCAGCUGGAAGGCCAUCCUGGCCCUGGUGCCCGCGCGCCAGCUGCGGCGGCUGAGCCGGCGGCCGCGCGGCCCGCUGUCGCCCGAGCAGUUCCUGCCGCACGUGGACGGGGCGCCGCUGCCCUACGACAGCCUCUCGCUGGACCUCUUCAUGCUGGGCUACUUCCAGCUGCUGGAGUGCGAGCUGCCGGCCGCCGAGCGCAAGGCGCGCCACCUGCUCUGCUUCGAGGUCUUCGAGCACCUGCGCGCGCACGGCUGGGAGGCGGCGCGCGCCUUCCACAGGGCCGUGACCGACGAGGUGGCCGCGGGCCGCCGCGCCUGGACCGACGGCUUCGAGGACAUCAAGGCCCGCUUCUUCGGCUGCGCGCGCCGACCCGCCUGGGCCCCGGAGCCCGGGCGCGAGUCGGGCCUGACCCGAGCCCGAGCCGAGCCCGAGCCCCCCGCCCCGCGGCCCGGCAGCGUCGCCGACGAGGACAUCUGCGGCUACAUCGACCGCAGCUUCACCUUCUGGAAGGAGAAGGAGGCCGAGAUGUUCAGCUUCGCGGAGUGA